ACAGACCCUACAGCUCCCCGCACACGACAAGGACCAUACAGCUCCCGCACACAGAUACAGACCAUACAGACCCCCGCAGCCCCCCGCACACGGACACCCCCGCCCGCCGCUCCCCGCACCCACCUGCGGGCGGACGCGCCGCCCCCCGCGCCCUCCUCCUCGCGCAGCGCCGGGCACCGGCACCAACGAUUGGCACCGACACCAGCGACUGCCAUCGGCACCAGCACCGGCACCGGCACCCGGCACAGGGCAUUCGGCACUCGGCACCGAUACCGGCACCGGCGCAGGGCACGGAGCACCCGGCACCGAUACCGGCACCGGCACAGCGCACGGGGCAGCGGCACCAACGCCGGAGAGCGGCACCGGACACCGGCGCGGGCACCGGCAGCAGUGAGGAGGCAGAGAUCCCGGCUCCAGCCCAGGAAGCCAUCAGGGAAGUUCACACAGUCUCCGUGGGCUCCGUGCUGGGGCCCCCCAGACACAGCGGGCCGGUGGAGACCAUCAGAAGCUCCCUGAUCUCCUGGGGAACCCAAGCAUCCAUCCGGGCAGCUGCUGCACGAGGCAGCACUGCCAUCGCCCAGGGGAAGCAGCAGCAGCAGCCAUGGAUGAAGGGACGGAGCUGGAGCUGGGGGGCCACUCCCUGCUGAAGGCCGUGUGGCUGGGCCGGCUGCGCCUGACCCGGCUGCUGCUCGAGGGCGGCGCCUACAUCAACGAGAGCAACGACAAGGGCGAGACCGCGCUCAUGGUGGCCUGCAUCACCACGCACGUGGACCAGCAGAGCAGCCACAAGGCCAAGAUGGUCAAGUACCUGCUGGACAACAGAGCCGACCCCAACAUCCAGGACAAGUCUGGCAAGACGGCGCUGAUGCACGCCUGCAUCCGCGGGGCUGGGGGGGACGUGGUGUCCCUGCUGCUGGACAGCGGGGCAGACCCCAGCCUCGAGGACCACUCGGGAGCCUCAGCGCUGGUCCACGCCAUCAACGCCGAGGACAAGGCUGUGCUGCAGCACCUCCUGAAUGCCUGCAGAGCCAAGGGGAAGGAGGUGAUCAUCAUCACCAUGGACACAUCAGCCUCCGGCACCAAGACCGCCAAGCAGUACCUGAACGUUGCGCCGGCGCUGGAGUUCAAGGAGAAGGCUCCCCUCGAGGAGAGCGCAGCCCCCUCCAGUGCCCACCUGAAAACUCCCGUCUCAGCGCCUUCCCCUGCCCAGAAGGAGAGCAGCGCUCUCACCCCGCACCCUUCUCACCCUGCGGACACCGAGCCCCCCUCCCCGGGCCAGCGAGCUGGCACUGCCCGCAGAGCCCAGCUGCCCCGGCUGAAGCGGCUGCGCUCGGAGCCCUGGGGUCUGGUGGCACCCUCGGUGCUGGCGGCCUCCGGUCACCGCGACGACACGCGGCCCUGCGCCGACAGCGAGGUCAUCACGGGCUUCGGCGACCUCUCGCUCUCCAAGAAGCCCCCCCUCGCCCGCAGCAGCAGCAGCAGCAAGGGAAGGGACCCCUCCCUCUUCCCCCCAGUGGAUGAGCAGGCACCGGGGCCGCUGGCAUGGAAAGCCUCCCACGAGAAGAGCCCGGGCGCCCACCCGUGCCUGUCGCGGAGCGCCACGCUCCCGGAGGAGCCGGAGAGCACCGGCUCGGCCGCCAGCUCCGCCGCAGGGACGGACGCUCCCCUCUGGCGGAGGCCGGGCACCGAACACAACGGGGAGCCGGCGGUCGGCGAGGCGGGGAAGGCGCCGUCCGAGAGGCGCAGGCUGAGCGGGUCGCAGCUGGCCCUGCCGGACGGCGGCGGUGACUCGCCCUGCGGCAGCACCGGCACAUCGCCCAGCGCCGGCCGCCGCCGGCCGCCCGGCCUGCUGGAGCGGCGAGGGUCGGGAACCCUGCUGCUGGACCACAUCUCGCACGCCAGGCCAGGAUACCUGCCCCCCCUGAACGUGAACCCCAACCCCCCGAUCCCUGACAUCGGCUCCAGCAAAGCCCCCUCCCCGCUGGCCGCUGCGCUGAAGCCGCUGGUGCCCCUCACACCCGGCUCGCCCAGGCGGGGCGAUCUGAGGGCCCACAGGAAGCUCCUCCGCAGACAUUCCAUGCAGGCAGAGCAGAUGCGGCACCUCUCCGAUUUUGAGGAGGUCGUGGCGCAGUAGCCGUGCCCCGUUUGCUCACAGGGAGGUGGCCAGGGCCGUGCUGUCCCCGCAGAGACGGGACGGGUCCCACAGAGUGGGCACUGGCUCCGGGGACACUUUGGUGGCCAGGGGGCUCAGCCCUGAGUCCGGGGGCUGAAUCGGGCGCGGGCUGAUCGGGACAUCGAUCCCACACCGUCCUAGAUCGCCAAGCUCCGUGCCAAGGAUCCCACCUGCAGUUCACUUAUUCCUCACUAGUUGUAAUCUGCUUUUCUUACAUUCUGCUCGUUCUCUCACCGAAUCCCGGAGUCCCCGGUGGUGAUCUCUGGGGCCGAGGCGUUCAUGAAGUGCCUUCCAGGAGGGGAAGGGGCUCAGUACGCGGGGACUCGAGGGGCGGAACCCCGGUGCGGCCACGGACCGCGUCGGUGCUCUCCCGGAGCGGGAGAGGGAGACAGUGCUCCACCUCCGGGAUUCCCGGAGCUGCGGCGGCUCGGCACACCCGGCACCGCCGCAGCCCCGUGGGCUGCGGGCCGGGACGGGCUUGUCUCGUCUCCGAAGCGUCUGAACCUCAGGGGGUUCAUUCCCCGCCGCGCCGAGGAGCUCUGAAUGCAGGAAGCGCUGGAUAUCCCCCCGAGCAGGAUGGUGACAGCACGGCUGCACGGGAGCCUCUGCCAGCGGCGGGGAGCCGGGAUGCCAACCCACCGAGGGUGACACGGGCUGAGCCCGGCGCUUCAUCCCGCCGGGACAGCCGCAGGCACGGCGCCAGAGCCGAGACCCCGCGGGCCCCCCGCCCCACGCCGCUCCCCACGCACGCUGUGCCGGCCGUGAGCCGCGGCUCCCGCAGCCUCCAUCGCUCCACGAUCGCGGUUAUUCACGGACUGCGCGCGCGCAGGGGGCAGGGGCAGGUGUUGGAGUGACGCCGUGGCCGUGCAGACACUCGUGCACUGGUUUUGCACUGCAUUAAUAAAGCGCUCAGCUUUGGACGGAG